AAAGGAAAAAAUAAAGAAAUAUUUCUUCUGCCCUGCUUGCAUUUCUAUCUACGAAUACGGAUUGAAGUGCUGAAGGAAAGGAAACGAAGAGGGAAAGGUAGAGGCUUAAUACCUGCAGAUCUUUAAGAGGCGGACGGGUCGGGCAGAGGGUGAUGAUGAGGGUCAUCGAGGAUGAGCUGUUCCCUUCGACGCCGGGGAAGGUGAAGAUAGAGAGGACGCAUGCGGCCAGCAGGCAGUUCCAUCGCUGCUUCGCCUCCACAAGUACUCUCUUCCUAUGGGCGCUGCUCCUCAUCGCCCUCACCGCCUCUUACCUCAGCUUCCAGAGCUUCGUCGACACGUCUUCUCGCUACUUCACUGCCUCCUGGGGCGGCCUCCACUGGGAGCGCCAGAUCCGCGCCUCCGCCGCCGUCCGUCGCGACGAUGGGAUCGCGGUCCUCGUCACGGGCGCCGCGGGGUUCGUCGGCACGCACGUGUCCCUCGCGCUCCGCCGACGCGGCGACGGCGUGGUUGGCAUCGACAACUUCAACGCUUACUACGACCCCUCCCUGAAGAAGGCCCGCAAGGCGCUGCUCGCCGGCCACGGAGUGUUCGUCGUGGACGGCGACAUCAACGAUGCCCGCCUCCUAGAGAAGCUGUUCGACACCGUGCCCUUCACCCACGUGAUGCACCUCGCCGCCCAGGCCGGCGUCCGCUACGCCAUCGAGAACCCGGCCUCCUACAUCCACAGCAACGUCGCCGGCCUCGUGACCCUCUUGGAAGCCUGCAAGUCCGCCGACCCGCAACCCGCCAUCGUCUGGGCUUCCUCGUCCUCCGUUUACGGCCUGAACGACAAGGUCCCCUUCUCGGAGACGGACCGCACCGACCGCCCGGCCUCGCUCUACGCUGCCACCAAGAAGGCCGGCGAGGAGAUCACCCACAUCUACAACCACAUCUACGGCCUCUCCAUCACUGGGCUCCGCUUCUUCACCGUCUACGGGCCCUGGGGCCGGCCGGACAUGGCCUAUUUCUCCUUCACCAGUAACAUCCUCCAGGGGAAGCCCAUCACCGUCUACCGCGGCCGCGACGGCACCGACCUCGCCCGCGACUUCACCUACAUCGACGACAUCGUCAAGGGGUGCGUGGCGGCCUUGGACACGGCGGAGGCGAGCACCGGGAUCGGAAAGCAGAAGCGGAGGCCGGCGCAGUAUCGUAUCUACAACCUCGGGAACACGUCGCCGGUGACGGUGCCGGCGCUGGUGAGGAUUCUAGAGCGAUACCUGAAGGUGAAGACGAGGAAGAACAUGGUGGAGAUGCCAGGCAACGGGGACGUGCCUUUCACGCAUGCCAACAUCAGCUUAGCGUGCGCCGAGCUCGGCUACAAGCCGACCACCAACCUGGAGACGGGUCUCAAAAAAUUCGUGAAGUGGUACCUCUCUUACUACGGCUACAGUCGAAGAGCAGGAGGUAAGCACCAAUAACUUGUAGAACAACAAUAUUAUUCUUAUUUUUUGAACUCAUUUUAUUAGGUAUGAUUAUGAAUGGAUGACAAAUAAUUCUAUAUUCUAAAUUGGUUUAUCCAUCCCCCCUCCUGUGAUGUCUCGUUCCCACUAAUCCUGUGGCUGCCUGGAGAUCCGAUCCCGCGGAUAGUGGAGGGGAGUGGCAGGACGGUAAAUACCCCGUCGACGCCAGACAUUUCUCUUUUUACUAAAUGGUGGGUCCCACUUAAGGGGACACCCGAAACGUAAAUUUGGGAGAAAUAUGCAAGUUUUGACACGUUUUCGGGUUCGACCGCUUAAAGUGUUCGCCGGCACUCCGUUGGUGGGACGGUGUCGGUUGGGAUGAUCAUGACGUGGGAGCACGCUGCGGUGGUGUGGGGCCUGGGUCGUUGGAACGGCCCUGAUGGCGCCACCAAACCGGUGUGAAAGGGUGGCGUGGCGUGCAUCCGAAAACACCAAGCGACGGUGUGGCUUCCGCGAGAAGACACCGCUAGAAUACUUCCUAUGAUAUUAUUUAUUGAAUUUAAGUUGAAUAUAAAAUAUUCUAUUCACCUCCCAAUGUAACACAAUACAAGAUUUAUUGACUAUUGUAAUCAAAUGUUGCAUGAACCUAA